AUGGAUCACACAAAGAAAGACAAAAAGAUACAGGAAGUGCAGCAUCUCAGAAAAAAGCAGAAACAUGAGGCCAAGACUGUAGCUUCAGCCCUGCAUGUGCUAAGGGAGGAAAAGAAUACACAGAAAUGGCACCUAUACUUGCAAAUAAAAGUCCAGGGAGAAAAGGAUGGCAGGCUAGCAGAAAGUCUACAGCUGCGAUCCAGAUAUAACAAGCUGGCUACUCAGCUUAAAAUCCUGCCAGCAGAAUCUGAAAAUGAACAAGCUGAGCUGAAGAAAAUGCAACAGCAGAUUUGUGAGUUCAGAAGAGAGAACGAAAAGCUGCAGCAACGGAGGGUGAAAUAUCAAGAACAAAACCACAUCCUGCAAAUUGAAACUGCCAGGCGGAAAAAGAGAUAUGAUAAAGUCAGAGGAUCACAGACAGCUAAGCCUGCGUGCGCUCUAAACUGCGAACAGACAGAACUUUGUCCUGUGGCCGCUGUUUGUGUUAAUGGCAUCUGCCUGGUGUUUGAAUGUGUGAGACUCGGCUCCCCAAAAGCAGAGAGAUGUUCAGGUUUAUUAGUUGCAGCUCAGGAUGCUACAGAAGAUGAGGAAGCUGUGGAAGAUACUAUAGUUGAAGAUGAAGAUGAUGAAGCUGAAGUUGAAGAAGAUGAGCCAACAGACUUGACAGAAGAAAAAGAGGAGGAAGACUUGUCAGGAGAACCUAAAGCCUCACCUAGUGCGGAUACAACCAUCUUAUUUGUUAAAGGUGAAGACUUCCCAGCGAACAACAUUGUAAAAUUUCUGGUGGGCUUCACCAAUAAGGGUACAGAGGAUUUCAUUGUCGAGUCUCUUGAUGCUUCUUUCCGAUAUCCUCAAGACUACCAGUUUUAUAUCCAGAACUUCACAGCUCUGCCUCUGAAUACAGUAGUUCCACCACAGAGACAAGCCACAUUUGAGUACUCUUUCAUCCCUGCUGAGCCUAUGGGUGGUCGUCCUUUCGGACUAGUUAUCAAUCUCAACUACAGAGAUACAAACGGCAAUGUGUUUCAAGAUGCUGUCUUCAAUCAAACUGUUACAAUCAUUGAAAAAGAAGACGGGCUGGAUGGAGAAACGAUCUUCAUGUACAUGUUCCUUGCUGGACUUGGUCUACUUGUCAUUGUUGGCCUACAUCAGUUACUAGAAUCUAGGAAGAGGAAAAGGCCAGUACAGAAAGUGGAGAUGGGAACAUCAAAUCAGAAUGAUGUUGACAUGAGCUGGAUUCCCCAAGAAACUUUAAAUCAAAUAAUGCAGAGUAGAAGAGAUAAAGCUUCACCGAGGAGGUUGCCCUACAAGAGGGCACAGAAGAGAUCAGCGGGCUCUGAUGAGUAAAUGUUAACUAGUACAACAGCUGAACCUUUACUAAUCCUGCCUGUUUGGUUUUUUUUGGAUUGGAGUAGUGCAGGGAAUCUGUAUCACCAUAAGGAAAAAUACUGCUAAAUAUUUGGACUGAACAGAGUAACUGAAUGGUGUUAAUAUUACUGAAGUUGCACUUCUCUUUUUUUUUUCUUUUUUUGUUAAUUGUUUUUUGGGGGGGGAUCAUGUGUGUGCGUGUGUAAGCAGUUGGUCUUAACAAAAACCAUGUUACCUAAAAUGUGCCUUUAGAGUUCUUUGUAAUGCUGGCUUGUCAUCUGUAUGCUGUCUUUGAAGGAUUUUUCUCCUCCCCCUAAUCUGAAUGUCUAGUGACUUACGCUGUCUUGAUUGUAUCAUGUCCGUAUCAGA